ACAAUCGCCCAUUUUGGAAUCCCUGAGUUAUCUUAUCAAAUAUUGCUAACAGACUGUAAAUGAUAUCUCUUAUCUUCAUGCUUUGACAAUACAAAUAAUAUACUGUUAUACAUUUACAAAGUCCAACUACGUUUAAACUUGAAUAUUGUUUAUAAAAAUAAAUGCACGUACGUCAAAACGUAGUACUAGUGGCAUUUUAAUAAAAUAAAUAUAAGCCGGUACCAACUACAGUAUAGAUUUUUAGAAAAAAUGGAAAAGGGACUGAACAUUACUACCGAAUUUACAAGUGGACUUCAAAUUCUAUUUAACAAUGUAAAGAAACACAAAGUAGUGCUGCCUGAAACAGAAAAGCCUUGGACACUAGGAUUGCUUCUGUUCUGGAUUAAAGACAACAUAUUGGUCGACAAAGACAAAUGCGAUUUGUUUAUGAAGGGCAAUACUGUGAGGCCAGGCAUCAUUGUAGCUGUUAAUGACCAAGACUGGGAACUCUUGGGCGAUUUAAAAUAUCAAAUUAAGGACAAUGACAAUAUUACAUUUAUAUCUACGUUACACGGUGGUUAAUAAUUAAAACGCCAGUUAUUUUAUC